UUGAAGCCAAGCAAAAAGACGAAGACCGCAUGCUAUGGUUGUUCGGAGAUUCUUCGAAUUCACGAUCUUAAAGUCAUAUGAUUCACAGCAAAUAUAGCAACAAAUAUCUCAAUUGGUAUUUUCCAAAGCCACGAAACGUGCAUUGAGUUUGGAGCGACAUCUGAAGUGAAGAUUGAAGACGUGAUAGAAGAUGGACGACUACUGCUAUGCUAAGAUGGCGACGUCCGCUAAAAGAGAACAUGAAAGAGAAUCAGCGCCACCAACUUCCAGCAAAUCACCAACGGAGAUAAAGACGAAAGAUGAAGACGUCCAGCAGCUGAUUGGUAAUCCAGAAGAAGUUUCCCCUCAGUUAGGGGGGAGCUCCACUUUGAAGCAGGAGACUCCACAACCACCCUGCAUUAAAAAGGAAGAGGAGGAACUCUGCAUCACUCAGGAGGGAGAGUGUCUUCUAGGACGAGAGGAAGCUGAUUACACCAAGUUUCCACUGAGUAUUCUCUCUGUGAAGACUGAAGAUGAUGAAGAGAAACCACAAGUAGACAACCUCUUAGCUCCACUAUCAGAUAGUGAGGCUGAAGAUGAGGUUGAAGUAACUUUGAGCAGCGAUACAGACUGUGAAGGUGAUAUGAGGACUCACACUGACAACAAACACUCUGAAUGCUCUACAAAGAAGAGAGGUAAAACAUGUUUGAGCUGUUCAAUUUGUGCUAAAAGUUUUACUAAAAAGAGCCGUUUGACUCGACACAUGACAACACACACAGGAGAAAAAUUACUUAAGUGUUCAGUUUGUGGCAAAAGCUUUUCGCGAAACAGCAUUUUUACCGAACACAUGAGAACACACACAGGAGAAAAACCAUAUAAGUGUUCAGUGUGUGGCAAAAGCUUUUCUGUUAAAAGCAAUUUGACUCGACACAUGAGAACACACACAGGAGAAAGAACAUGUAAUUGUUCAGUUUGUGGCAAAAGCUUUUCUCAAAAUAGCUAUUGGACUAAACACAUGAGAACACACACAGGUAAAAAACAAUUUAAUUUUUCAGUUUGUGGCAAGAGCUUUUCUCAAAAUAGCAUUUUGACCGAACACAUGAGAACACACACUAGAGAAAAACCAUAUAAGUGUUCAGUGUGUGGCAAAAGCUGUUCUGUUAAAAGCAAUUUGACUCAACACAUGAGAAUACACACAAGAGAAAAACCAUAUAAGUGUUCAGUGUGUGGCAAAAGCUGUUCUGUUAAAAGCAAUUUGACUCAACACAUGAGAACACACACAGGAGAAAAAACAUGUAAUUGUUCAGUUUGUGGCAAAAGCUUUUCUCGAAAUAGCUCUUUGACUGAACACAUGAGAACACACACAGGAGAAAAACCAUUUAAUUGUUCGGUUUGUGGCAAAAGCUUUUCUCAAAAUAGCCAUUUGACUCCACACAUGAGAACACACACAGGAGAAAAACCAUUUAAUUGUUCAGUUUGUGGCAAAAGCUUUCCUUUUUACUGCUCUUUGUGGCGACACAUGAGAACACACGCUGGAGAAAAACCAUUUAGUUGUUCAGUGUGCUGUAAAAGGUUCCAACAUAAUGCAGACGCAGUAAAACACAUAAGAACACACAAGGGAAAAUAACCAUUUAGCUGAUUAUUUUGUGGUAUGUUGCUCAUAUGUGGUGUCAUCCACCCUACCCAGGACCUCCUCACUGCUUCUUUCACAAAUACCUGAGGUAUUCAUACAAACUUGGAUUAUUUGGAGCAUAAUCUUAUCUAGAUUAUUUGGAGCAUAAUCUUAUCUACUCAUGACCCCAUGUCUUCUCUGUAUCUGAAACCUUCCUGAACAGUAAGAUAGAUGAUGCUUCAAGUGCUUGGUUACUCUUUCUUCAGUCCAGGGACCUGGGGCCUCAUGUGUCAAGUUUGUGCAUGCUCAAAAACCUGCACUACACCCUUUUUCACUGCAAAGUUGAGAUGUUUAGACUACUGCAAUGCCCUGUAUGUAUGCAUUAGCCAGGCCUCCCUCGCCCGCCUGCAGCUCGUGCAGAACUCUGCUGCUCGUCUGCUAACACAGACCCGCAGACGUGAGCACAUCACCCCUAUAUUAGCGUCCCUUCACUGGCUCCCUGUGCGUUACAGAAUCAAUUUUAAACUCCUUUUAUUUGUUUUUAAAUGUCUAAACAACCUCGCGCCAACAUAUCUCUCCGACCUCCUUCAGCUUUACUGCCCCACCCGAUCCCUAAGAUCAGCCGAUCAGCUGCUACUGAUGGUCCCGGACACAAGGCUGAAGCUUAGAGGUGACAGAGCCUUCGCUGCGGCUGCUCCCAAGCUCUGGAACGACCUACCUCUGAGUGUUAGACAAGCCUCCUCUCUUCCUGUUUUUAAAUCUCUCUUAAAAACAUACUUUUAUUCCAUGGCUUUUAACACUGAGUGAUACCCAUCCUGCAAUGGCGCCCCAUAAUACACCUGCUGUGAACCUGGUUUUAUGUUUUUUUUUAAUAUUUUAUUUUAUGUAUUUAUUUUUUAUCGUGUUCUGUUUGUGUUGUGUUGUAUUUGCUCGGUUCUCGUAUUAUUUUAACCUGCCCAUUGUACAGCACUUUGGCUACCCCUGUGGUAAAUUUUAAAUGUGCUUUAUAAAUAAAGUUGAUUUGAUUUGAUUUGAUGUAUCAAAACUGACUUUGACGCAUACGUGAUGCUGGGUAACUGCUGGCAUAACAAACUGCCAACUUUUAUUCCUCAGACUGAUUGAUGUGCAAAUCAGAGACAUAUGAACAAUUAACCCCCAACACCCACAACCCAACCCCCACCUCCCUCGACAUUCGCGCAUAACCGGUUUGAAAUGAGUUUGCGAAGGGUAAAAUUCAGCUGCAUUUUUAAGGAAAGAAACUGCUGUUCUAAUUGUGUCCACUGGAUGUCACAAAAGCAAUUCUGUUAGGCAAGCAAAUAGUUUAUACCGGGGCGAGCAAGUAUACCAAGCAAG